UCGACAAAAUGGGUAAUUCCAAUUCAUCGCACGAACCCCUGGAACGCGGGUUUACCCGUGGCACGUAUGGAGAUGUUAAAAAUACGAAAUCAGCCUCAUUCCGACAGAGUAAACGAUCACCAAAGAAAAUGGAUCGAUUGCGCAAAUCAUUCCGCGAUUCGUUUCGCCGGCGCAAGGAUCGUGUUCCAGAGGCGGCUAAGCCUCAUCAAUGGCAAUCGGACGAACAGGCAGUUCGUUCGGCAACGUGCACCUUUGCGGUGAAGUACUUGGGAUGCGUUGAAGUAUUUGAAUCUCGUGGGAUGCAGGUGUGCGAGGAGGCGUUAAAGGUGUUACGAAACUCGAGGCGACGUGCAAUACGGGCUCAGCUGCAUGUAAGCGGUGAUGGGCUACGCGUAGUAGAGGAUGACACUAAGGGGCUGAUCGUGGAUCAAACCAUCGAAAAGGUUUCGUUCUGUGCGCCGGAUCGUAAUCAUGAGCGAGGCUUCAGCUACAUCUGCCGCGAUGGUACGACACGUCGCUGGAUGUGUCACGGCUUUUUGGCAACGAAAGAUUCCGGCGAACGGCUGUCCCAUGCGGUGGGCUGUGCGUUUGCCGUGUGCCUGGAGCGCAAGCAGCGGCGUGAUAAGGAGUGCGGCGUGACGAUGACGUUCGAUAUGAAAAACUCCACCUUCACCCGUACCGGAUCGUUUAGGCAGCAGACGAUGACGGAGCGGUUGGCAGCCGGUGCAACCGAUACGGCGGUUGUGGCACCACAGCAGAACAACAAUGCAGCGAAACCGUACAAUCCGUUCGCAAUCGAGCGACCACACGCGACACCCUCGAUGCUGGAACGUCAGGGCAGUUUCCGUGGAUUCACGCAAAUCGGUUCGGCGUCUCCGUUCAAACGGCAGAUGUCGUUGCGAAUAAACGAUCUUCCGUCCAACGCUGAACGACAGCGAGCGUUCCUCGAGCCAGGCACGCCACAGCGCACCACUGUUUCACCCAUUCCGGAAGUGUCCCCGCAGCCAACGGACACAGUUAGCCAGCUGUGCCAGGAGCUGAGUCAGGGAUUAUCGCUGCUUACCAAAAAUGAUGCGGACGAUUUUUAUCUUAACAAAGAGCUCCAUCUUAAAGCAUCUGUCACGGCUGCUGUUACUUCUACUACAGCGAGCAUCACUUCCAGCACAACACUGGCAUCAUCGGCUGCAACUUCGGCCGCGAUCAGUACUUACGUUCCGGGAAUGCUUGCCCGGAAUGGUCCGAGUGACAUCGUUCCACCGGCACUACCGAAGUUAUCGGUCGUGCCAACGAUCCCGCCACGAUCUAUAUCCCCACUCAAUAAGCAGCAAACGUUGGAUCUAUCCGCCCUUGGUAGCAGUGGAAGUAAUAAUACCACCUACAGUACCAGCAGUACCGGAAGUAGCGCCUCCGCCAGCAAUACCACCACAUCAACUAUUCCCGCUAGUGGUGGAUAUCCAGGCACGAUGGUGGAAACGAUAGCGGUCGGUGCUUCUUCUUCUAGCAUGGCCACCUCCUCCAGUGUAGUUGUUCCAAUCGAAACGGCUUCACCGCUGCCCAAUCCGGAACAGUGGUUAGGACAAAUCGUAAAGAAUGUUUCCCCAUCACCACGCCGCGCGCCUUCACUGCACAACCGGGCCAAGUCACUUAAUGCAGCGGAUCCGUUCGAUGCCGAAUGGGUGGCGGACGUAGCAAAGCCGGAAAUACACAGCACGAAUCCAUUCAUCUCACCACCCAAACCUCCGGCACAAACGUUCCAAGUCCAUCUUUAA